AUGGCGGUGUCGGUCCUGCAGCUGGCGGAGCUGGCCCUCCACGGAGCUGCCUUCCUCUGCGGGAUCGUCUGUGCUUCGGCCCUCACUGUGGCGCAGGGAGAGUUUGGAGGAUGGUGCAUCCUCUACGGCACGGUGAGCUGGAACGGGACCGCGCUGGUGCCCAAGUCCUUCAGCCACAUCUCGCUCUGCUAUUUUGUCUCGGUCGUCUCUGUUGUGGUGGCCCUGUACUGCUUCUCGUCACUCCUCUACGGCAUCUACAGCUGCUGCACCGAUGAGUCCCAGUGGGACCGCACCUGGCUCAGCAUCGCCCUGGUCGCUGCCUUCAUCAUCCUCUUCUUCCUCCUCAUCUCGGCCUGCAUCCUCCGUGUGGGGAUGGAUGCUUUCUGCGCCUCCAUCAUGCAGACCAAAAGUCUGUCCAGCUGCCAGGAGGCUGAGCACAAGCCGUGGGAGUCCUACAGCCCAACCCGCUUCUACAGCAACCUCUACAGCGCGCAGGCAUCAGCCUGGGUGAACGUGUUCCUCUGGUGCCUACUGACUGCCCGGCUGCUGGUCCAGCGGCGGAGGGAGGCCCCUUUCCCGCUGCUGCGUCGCAACGACCCCGAGUGGAGUGCCGAGACGGAAGCCAUUUUCAGGGGACGUCCCAUACGGCCCUGA